AUGAAGUUCAAUCCAUUCGUGACCUCGGACCGAAGCAAAAACCGCAAGAGACACUUCAGUGUGCCCUCACACAUCCAGCGCAAGAUCACGUUGUGCCCGCUCUCCAAGGAGCUGAGGCAGAAGUACAACAUCUGCUCAAUGCCCAUCUGGAAGGACGACGAGGUCCAGGUGGUUCGGACACACUACAAAGGUCAGCAAAUUGGCAUGGUAGUUCAGGUUUACAGAAAGAAAUACAUCAUCUACAUUGAGUGUGUGCAGAAUGAAAAAGCUAAAGGCACAACUGUCCAUGUGGGCAUUCACCCUAGUAAGGUAGUUAUCACCAGACUAAAACUGGAUAAAGAUCGCAAAACAAUUCUUGAGCAUAAAGCCAAAUCCUGACAAGUCGGAAAUAAGGGCAAAUAUAAAGAAGAAACCAUCGAAAAGAUGCAAGAAUAAAAUGGUCUGUUAUAUGAUGGUAAUUAAAAGUUACAAUUAAAAAAAAGUCAGGCAGUAAGAGAGCAUCUUCUAACCACCACCCCCACCCCGCCCCAAGGAAAGUAUCCAGAAGAAGGGGGACAAGAAAGGUCAAGAAAGGAUGAGGACCAGAAAAGGCCUAUCUGCAGUAUUUGACACUAUUAAUACUACUAGCACCCUUCUGCACACUCUUCUUCUGGGGGUUUCUAUAUGCUGCCCUGUUAUCAUUCUCUUACUACCUUCCUAAAAAAAUUACUGGUAACCACGAUGUUUCAAUGACUGGCAGAGAGUUAAGCCACAAGGGGUUGAAAAGUGAGUGGGAGGUGAGAAAGUGGAAUCUAGUAGAGAUAGCUUUUUUUCCCUAAGAGUUUGACUGUGAAAGGGAAGAGAGACAUGGUGAUAGCUGAAGAAUGGUAGGGUCCAGGGAAAGGGCUGUUUUGUUUUGGGUUGGUUUGUUUGUUUUUUUAAGCUGGGAGAGAGCUGGGCAUGUUUGUCGUCAGCAGAUAAAAAAGGUUGAAAAUUAGGAAGAGAGAGGAUAUCUAGAUGAUCCAAAUUGAAGACCCUUGGGCCAACAGGAUCAGUUUUCCUCAUCCGAAAAAAUCAGAGGAGUGUCUAUUAUCACAAGAUUUAGGCCCUAGCAGUUUUAAAUCCUAUGAUUCCAUAAUUAGAAACCGGCCCAGUCUUGAGCAAGAGGAAGGAAGGGGAGGGAAGAUCCGAGCUUAUAUUCGAGAAGAUAUUCACAACUGUGGGGCGUUUGGGGGGGGGGUGUUAAUAAAAGGUAGGAAGAAGGGAGACUGGGGAAAUUCCCAUGCUCCAAGAUUCUUCCCUCGGAACUGCCUGGCGUGGGGGACAGGGAGACCGAGCACAAGGGAUCGGUGACUUUCAGGGUCCCUGUAAGUGCCAUCAGAAGAACAGCACAAGGUGUGGAGAGGCUCGCUGCGCGCUUGUCCUAGCUAGCAUCCAUGCUUUGGAUCCCUCCAGUCCAGUCUCCACCCUCCAGGACACCGCCCCAAGUUGCUCAGCCUCGGGGACCCCGAGAGGCGGAGUCACCAAGGCGAGGUGACCCAGACUGACAGCUCCUCUUCAGCUCCGGAGCGCUGAAAAAAAUUUUUAAAAACCGGAGAUCCAUAACACUCUCCGUUUAAAUAGGCAGGGGGCGUGGCUAGGGGGGAGGAGGUAGAGCCUGGAACCCGGAGAGGCGUGGCUCGAGACGGCUGGAAUGUUGUUGGGUCCUCGCACCGCAUAGUAAAGCAGGGCCACGCCCUCUUUCUCCAGCCUGGC